AUGGGUCGGCGUUUAAGGGGACCCGUGGGACGAGGCUUGGCGACGAGCCUCGUCGUGGAUGUUCUCCCGCGCAAGGCGGAGGCGUAUGCGGUGGCGGAAGGGGGAUUGAAGGAGGUGGCGGACUUGUGUGAAGGGAGAUCGGAGGAGUCGAUUGAAUCAGUCGGAACGAAUAUUAGGCUUGUGAAGGCAGACGGUGGAGGGUUUUCUGUGAAGAAGAGGGAGAGACCGCCGUGUGAAGAAGAGAGAGAGAAUUACCAUAUAGAUAGGAAAUCAACUUUAUAUCGUGCAAAUUCCUCAAAAAGGCCCAAAGGCAAAGGACAAUGA